AUGUCUACCGAGUCUGGCAUGUUUCAGUGUGGCUCUUGUCAGAAGAGCUACAAGCGCCUGGAUCACCUGGCUCGUCACGUGCGUUCUCGCAUUCACGAGACCGUUAGUCGUGGCGUUAUUCUCCCACUGUGCUUGACUAACAAUCGUGAAGAGAAGCCGUGUCGUCGUUGCCAGGAGAAGGGCCUCGAGUGCAGAUGGCCUGGCUCUACCGACGUCGACAUGGCCAUGACACCACCAGACACGUGCCCUCAGGAAGACGAGUCCAUGUUUACCCACGAAGAUGCAUCUGCCAUGACAUCUCUGAGCAAUCCACUCAGUAUGGACCAGACAUCUACAUCACCGAGCAUGGGAGGGCAAGCUUCUCUGGAUGUGUUGACGCCGCAGACCACGCAACGCCUAUUCCAGACGCUAGAUCCUACCCUCAACAUCGAAAACAACCCGCUCUUCUUCCACUUCCCCGAUCUCAACCUUCUAUCUGGACAAUGGUCCUCCACCCCCACCAACGACAUGGAGAUCAGCACAUACAGCGGUUUAGACGACAUGGAUCUCCAAUUCCUCGACUCUUACAACGUCAGCAUCCCUUUCGAGGUUAGCAACACGUUCCAACCAACGCCGCGAGGCACACAAACUCCUCGCACAUCUCAUAUGGACCCAGGCCAGCCUGCCGCCAUGUGUAGUGAAGCCUUUCAGAACUCGCAUUGGAGGUUCCGUCCCAACGCGAAAGAUCAUGCCGGGGCCGAGGACCACAACCUCUCCCUUCCCUCCAUGACAUUGGACUACCCCUCACCAGAGUCCAGAGUCUCUCUAGAUGCCGACACACGCGUUACAUGUGCCAAACUCGGAGGGCCAGCACGUGACAGAAUUUUGAUGAUGAUUGUGAACAGUUGUCAGUCAGAUAGCCUGUCCAAGGCAGUUGCCUCGUUUCCUUCAGUGGAGCUUCUUGACACACUAUUGCAGUAUUAUUUAACCUCACCACACACACGUGCAGGGUCAUUUAUUCACGCCGCCUCGUUCGACCCCAAUGAGAAACGACCAGAGCUUGUCGCAGCCAUGGCAGCCAUCGGGGCUGUCUUGACAUCAGACCCUGCGCUAUCCAAACUUGGCCGGGCGAUGCAAGAAUGCCUGAGGUUGGCAAUCUCAAGGAGGUGGGAGCAAAACAACACCCUAGUAAGAGACCUUCAGCUCUUGCAGGCAUUCCUCAUCACCAUCGAGGUCGGAAUUUGGAGCGGACUUCCUCGAAAAGUCGAGAUUGCAGAAAGUUUCUUCCAGCCAAUCCUGACGAUGAUGAGGCGUGAUGGAAAGUUCAAGCCUACUGCAUACCCAGAUACCAAUAUUGGGGAUACCUACGACUUUGAUCUCCGACAGGAGUGGUUGAACUGGGUCGAGAAUGAGUCAUUUAAAAGACUCGCCUUCAGGAUGCUUGCUCACGACAUGGGCGUGUCCAUGGCCUUGCUGGUCAACCCUCUUAUCUCUUAUGCUGAGGUCCUCCUUCCACUGCCAGGUAGUCCAGAGGGUUGGUUGGCAGGCAGUCCCGAGCAGUGGAAGUCAUACGUGGCCGCUCAAGAGCACGUCAAACCGCUAUUUGUUGCCGACCUCAUCGACAAUCCUGAUCUUCUCAACAAUCCUGCAAACCCGGUUGACAUCUACAUUGCCAGCAUGGCCGUACUUUCAUGUAUCUGGGCCAUGUGUCGAGAGUAUUUACAAUUCUCUUCUCUUCAGAGAUCACGACCGCGUCGCUGGAAUGCCCUCGUCACGAAGCUCAGGAAGGACGAGCUUAUGAAGUUGCUUGGCCAUCUCGAACUUAGCCUGGCGCCUCAACUUGGGGCGGACUCAGAGAUCAACCUCCGGCUUAAGCUGUGUCUGCUUCACCUCCAUAUGCCAUUUGAAGAGAUUCAAAUAUUUGCCGGUAUGGAUGGACCGGAGCGAGCUCGCGCUGUGUACCCUACCAUCAGCGACUGGGUCAAGAGCGAGGAUGCCAGACACACCGUCUGCCACGCGGCUCAGAUUAUGCAGCUUGUCAUGUUGCUCCCAAAGGGCUCAAUACGAGGUCCUCCCGUCAUAAUUCUGUAUCAUGCCACCCUGGCAUUUUGGGUUUACGGGCUCCUCUCCGAUCAGUCGCAGGUAACGACGAGACUCACGAAUCAGAGUGUGUACCUAGAUGAAGAAGAGAGUACUGCAUUGCAGCGGUUUAAAGGGUUUGGACAAGGGCAGCCAUGCAUAAGACGGCGAUCAGAAAUGCCCGGAGAGGAGGAUGUGUUUGUGAGCGUGCCACUAUCACAGCCGGAUAAGGUCAUGGAGACUAUCAUGAGCAUUGUCCGAGAAAAUUUUACUGGGAUGCGCGUUCCGCAUCUCACGGAGAAGUUGGUUCAGAUAAUGGCAGAGCUGGAGAAGUCUGCGAAGAGGAAAGUGGUUGCCUGA